AUGGAAAAACUAAGGAGCCAAUGGCAAGACGACCGGCUGCAAAGAUUGUCGACAGGGCAGAGACGGCUGACGUUCAAGGGGUGGCUAGACCACACGGGGAAAGCGGAAAAGUUCGCCUUCCUGGAGAAUCUGAGUAAAGAGAUCACUGCUCUCCUCAAAGAAAACGAUUACUCCCUCUUCGAUAUACCAGAAGGAUCAUCUCAGCAGCAGCAGCAGCAGCAACCACAACGGCAACCAAACACACUAUCAGGUGCUAUACAACCAGCUUCGCCAGCAGAGCCUCAGAGUCCGGUAGACGUGACCAUGAGUAACGCCGGCGAUGACGGCGGCGAAGCAACACACACACACGAGAAUCCCAAUACCCUCGACGGCGACGUAAGUGCAGAGGAGGACUUCCAUAGCCUUCCGCCCUCGCCGAAGUAA